UAGAAUAAAUAACUCAUAUCUUGAGGCAACUGGGGCUUUUAUUUUGGUAAUGUAAUCCGGAAGUGAUUUCCUGAGCUUGACGGAGUGAUUCAGCCGCAGAAAACCGGAGCGCUGCUUCAUCUCUGCGCAGUUUCUGGUCCUGCCCCAGAAACCAGCUACUAGACCUGGAUCAACACCGCAAAGGAGACUUCGGACCAGGCGGAACCGAACCUCAUCAAGCUGAUCCGAACUGACCCGAGCGGAGCUGGGCCAACAUUAAAACAGAGACAGCAGAGAGGCGGCUUUAUCUCCUCCUGCAGACUGAGCGGAGUCUUCCUCACCGGUACGAACCGAUUCUGUUGGUCUGACCCAUCUGCGCGUGUCCGUGUCCGCGCGUGUCUGUGUCCGCGUGUGGACCACUCCCUUCCAUCAGAUCUACCUGCAGACCCACUGAUCAGGUGAUCCCAGCAUCCUUCAUCUGACCGGAAACACACGUGUCCUGAACACACGGGAGUCAGCAGUGAUGAGAGCGUCCUGUUGGUUCCUCCAGAAUAAUCUGAUCCAGGAUCACUGAUGCGGGCUGAGUUUCUGCAGCGAUCCAACAUGGCUGCCUCCGCGCUGACCGUGUGUGUGUUUGUCCUGCUGCUGGCUGGGAUCAGAGGUUUGCAGUUGGAGGACCGAGAGGAGAGAAUCUGCGCAUUCGCCAGCAGCCUGAAGGGGGCGGAGCCUGCCUCCACCAAUGAGCUUCGAGGAGACGUCCAGGAGAACGGCACGAUUCGAUGCAGUCGCGGCUCCCGCUGCUAUGGAUUGUGGGAAAGACAAGCAGACGGGGAGAUGGAGCUGCUGAGCCAAGGUUGUUGGAGGUAUGUGGGCAACUUUCAGGAGUGUUACGGCGACCGCUGCAUCCUGAUGACGACUCCAGCUCAGAUGCAGAAAGCCAGCUACCGUUUCUGCUGCUGCAGCCACGACCUCUGCAACACUAAUUAUACUGAAGCUCCGCCCACCCCUGACACGCCUGCCCUGAGGUCGAUGAGGAGAGACAACAUCAACGUCAGCCACACAGAUCGCCAGCUGACGGUGAAGGAGACGGCUCUGGUUGCCCUGGUAACUGUGGCUAUAGCAGCCCUCCUCAUCAUGGCGCUGUUCCUGGGAUACCGUGUGAUAAAAAGGAAGCACAAGUAUGGUCUGUCUGCUAUGAAUGUGAUGGAGGCAGCAAACUCUGAAUCAGCGGUGGACCUUGACAACCUGAAACUGCUGGAGCUGAUUGGUCGAGGCCGUUACGGAGCUGUGUUUCGCGGCUCUCUGAAUGAGCGCUGCGUGGCUGUCAAAGUCUUCAGCUCUGCCAACUAUCUGAACUUCUCCAACGAAUGCUCAAUCUACCAACUGCCUCUCCUGCAGCAGCACGACAACAUCGUCCGCUUCCUGACCGCCGACGAGAAGACGUCUGCCGAUGGCCGACCAGAGUUUCUGAUCCUCAUGGAGUUCUACCCACAUGGCUGUCUGUCUCAGUACCUGUCUGGAAACACUGUGGACUGGCUGACCUGCUGCAGGAUGGCCCACGGCGUCACCAGAGGACUCGCCUUCCUGCACACUGAACUCUACAGAGGAGAACAAUACAAACCUCCCGUGGCCCACAGAGACCUCACCAGCAGGAACGUUCUGGUCCGAUCCGAUCUGUCCUGCGUCCUCGCCGACUUCGGGUUGUCCAUGAAGCUGACAGGAACCAGAACCUCACGGCCCGGAGACGAGGAAACAAUGGCCAUAUCCGAGGUGGGGACGGUUCGGUACAUGUCCCCAGAGGUUCUGGGAGGAGCUCUGAACCUUAGAGACUGUGAAUCAGCUCUGAAGCAGGUGGAUGUGUACGCUCUGGGUCUGCUGUACUGGGAGAGCUUCAGGAGGUGCUCCGACCUGUUCCCAGGUGAAGCUGUUCCUGACUACCAGCUGGCAUUCCAGGCCGAAGUCGGGAAUCAUCCGAGCUUCGAGGACAUGCAGAUCCUGGUGGUCCGAGAGAAACACAGACCUAGAUUCCCUGAAGUCUGGAAGGAGAACAGCCUGGCUCUGCGGGCUCUGAAGGAGACCAUGGAGGACUGCUGGGACCAGGACGCAGAGGCCCGACUUACAGCGCAGUGUGCUGAGGAACGUCUGGCUGACCUCAUCCUACUGAGCCCUCAUACGGCCCUCCACAACCACAGGAAUCUCUGGACUCCUCAGGUUGGCUCUGCCUCCAGCUACAUCGAGGAUCUCCAGGUGGACGUGGUAAAAAAUCUCCAGGGUGAUGGGCAAUCAGCAUCGCUUGUCAGGACAACCAUGAGUGGAGCAGAAGGUGGAGAGAAGAACAGGAACUGCAUCAACCAGCAGCGGCAGCAGAUUAAGGCUCGUUUGGUCACCUCAGACUGCCGCGUGAUGACCUCCAGCGGCCUGAGGGCAGACUCUGUCCUCCGCAGUGUCUCUGACCCGAGUGGGGGCGCUGCACCCAGUGUUCCUAUCUGUCUACAGCUCACUGAGGAGGACCUGGAGGCCUCCAAGCUGGACCCAAAACAGGUCCAGAAGAACCUGAGAAAGACCUCUCAGGAAAACCUGAUGGAACAUUCUGAGAAGUUUGGAUCAGUACCACAAACUUCCAACCUGCAUCACAGCAUGGAGGUUACCAGUCAGGAAGAACCAGGACCUCCCUCCUCUAUCCAGCCCCUCCCCAAGCAGCAGAACCUCCCCCAGAGGCCAACCAGCCUCCACCUGCUCCCCAAACCCAGCGAGUCCCGACUGAAGCUGGGAAGGCUUAGGUCGACCCAUCGACAGGUGGAGACAGGUGUGGCCAAGAUGAACACAGUUAUCCCAUCUGCAGAGCCACACCUGGUUACCACGGUUACCAACAUGAGGACUGCGAAUGGAAAUGAAGCCCUCUGUGCCUCCAGCAGCCACAGCUCAGGCGUUCCCAUCCUGGUGACCAAUAAGACGAGAGGAAUAGGGAAAACAAACCCUGCAGGUCCACAGGAGGAGGAGGUGGAUGAAGUAAGAAGGAGAGGAGGAGACGGAGACAGCCAACUGAAUCUGAAUCUUAACUUCAGUCCUGAUGAACAUGAACCUCUGCUGAGGAGAGAGCAGCUUCCUGCUGAGAGCGACCCUCCUCCUCCCCGUCUUCAUCAUGGUCCACCAAGCAGAGCAGGAGGACGAGGAUCCAACUCCAACAACAACAACAACCGGCUCGCGUUGGGCUCCGAGGUCCACCUGCCUGCAGAGGUCAGCGUUCCUGAACCAGAAUCCAGGAACAGAGAACCUCCUGCUGCUGUCUCAGUAAUGGAACCAAAGAUUCUGAUUUCUGGACUAGAAACACUGCUGGUCCAUCCUGCUGGUAGAGGUGAAGGCUCAGACACAGAAACAUGUCAGAAAGAAGUUAAAACUCUGACAGGAGGGUUUCUAGGAGGCCUAAAGGAGCAGAACUCUGCUUCUUCUGCCACAUUAUCCAAAGUUCACCAGAACCCAACAAUGGCAGAAAUUGUAGCUACAGGAGUUCCACUUCUGGACAUCUCCACCCUGGAAGCUAAAGCUUUGGAUUCUGCUUCUGCAGAAGGUCCAACGUCAGAACCUGCAGGUCUGCAGAAUCGAUCUUCAGAACCUCAAACAGCAGGAGUGCUGCAGUCCCAGCUCAGACAGACCAAAACCAGGAGACCACAGCGUCCCUGUUCCCUGGACCUGUCCUCCUCCUGCAUCUCCUCAGAUGAAGUUUCUGUGAUGGAUCCAGGCAGUCUGAGCGCCACAGGUGAGAAAAUCAAGCGGCGUGUGAAGACUCCAUACACCCUGAAGAAGUGGCGUCCAGCCUCUUGGGUGGUCUCCACAGAUAAGGAUCUGGAUCUGGAAUUUGAGUUCAGCAGUGGUCAGGUCCAGGAAUCGUCUGGUCUACACAGAGCAGGAGGUGGUGGUGCACCUAGAAUCAACCAGUCUAAGUCCAGUAUGGCUGUGUUUCUGGUCGGAGGAGGAAGCACGGCAACUACGACCUCUGAGCCGGAUGGAAUGACCCGGUUCUGAGGAGCCCGCAUGAUCCAGAGGAGAUGUUUCUGUUUUUUAUCAUUUCAACUUUUGUUGUUAGAAAUCAACAUAAACAUGACAGAACUGAUGCUGCAGCUUAAAGAGGGGAUUAUUUUCUACCAACAGCUGAUUCUGUGAAAACUCUUCAGAUGUAAAACAGGAACCAACUCCAGUCAUGUAAUACUCUGUGCGCUCAGCAGGUGGCGCUGUAGACAGAGAAAAAAAAAAAGACAACCAGAUGCAGAAAGACAGAUGGGGAGAAAUCUACAGGACUGUGUUGGGUAUGUUUGUUCUCUAGAAGCAUAAAUAAGUGAUGGAUCAGAUGAAUAAGAUCUUCAAAUGUUUUCCUGAAUAUUUUGCACAACAAACAGUGGCUAAAACCUGGUUGAAGUUUCCUGAAAGGUCACCUUUUAAGGAAGAAAAUCUCUGAAUCUUAAUCCCGUGUUGAUGAUUUGAGAUGAUACCAUUCUUCCCAAAUGUCCCUUUCUGACUGAGCUUCCAGCUGGUGGUUGUGGCCAAGGUUUUACCUCCCUGGGUCAAAGGGCUGCUCAGAACCCUAAAUAUCUGCAGGGAAGGAGCAGCUCAUUAGUUUAGUUGCUGAUGACAACAGAAACCAGUCUCACUGGGUUUCUGGUUGCAAACCGGAUCACGGUGACACUGGGCAUUCCCAGAUCCGAGUUCUGACUCCCAAAAUGCAACACGGCAUUUGACCCAUGGCCCAGUCAAAACUCGAACGCACCUCCUGUAGCAACUAACGUCCUGUUUGACCUUCUUGCUUAAGACUCUGGGGUCAGGGUCAGCAGAGCAGGGUUUAGUGGCUUGUUCUGGUAACUUCAGGUUGAGUUCAGGAUGUUCCGUGUCACAAAGCUGGUUUCCUUCUUAUCUCUAUCACCAUGGUAACAUACUGGACACAUGACCAGUCAGACAUAUAACAAUACAUCCUUCUGGACUGAAUGGCUUUGAUCAAAGUAGAUUUAAAACAGUAGGACUGAUUCACCUUCUCUGAUCUCCAGGUGACACGUGCAGCGUUCGAUACAAUAAUAUUUAAAAUAAGAAAAUAUUAGAUUCUUUCAUGCUUUAAUCUAUUGGCUGCCACACUAAUGAGCGUAACUCCUGGUUUGACUUACCCAGCUGUACCAUUUAAGUGUGAUCUUCAUCGUUAGGGUUAGUUAAACCCGUCUUUCAGGGCCCAAGUCAACAAGCACAACAACAGAUCCCUCUGGAUUUCUAUAUGAAAAGAGGAACAGGUUAAUUCAUGUGUGAUGUCAUUUCCUGUAAUGAAUUCUGACUUGGAACCUCUGGUUCUGAAGCAGUGGGGCUAAACUGUACGUUCAGUUUGGACCAUUUACUCUUAGGUCUCUGUAUCAUUAAUAAGAAUAAGCUCUUAGGGAGUGUUUAUACUAGUAGUUCAGUUUUCAGGUCCAGAUCAAAGUAGAAUAUAAAUGUAAAAUAAUAUGCGAUAUGACACCAACAGGAGCCUGAAGAUGAGUUCACACUCUGGACAGAUUUUCAGACAUUAAACUGGGUCAGGAGGAACCAAACUAAGGCUGAAGAUGUUGGUAUUUUUUUACCAACAAAGAUAGAAAACCAGCAC